UCCAAUCCAAUCCAAUCCAAUUUGAGGAAAGUUUAUGAACGCUUUGCGAACUUUUCCUUUGAUUUUUCGUCGACCUUUUUCAUCAGCGAUGGUACAGAAAGCUUUAUUGCUGCUCGCAGAAGGAGCUGAAGAAAUGGAAGCUGUAAUUACAGCCGAUGUCCUCAGACGAGGAGGGAUUGACGUGACAAUUGCUGGACUAGGAGGGACUGCUCCGAUAAAAUGCAGCCGUAACGUGGUCGUCGUUCCCGAUAAGAGCCUGGACGACGCACUGAAGGAGCCAUCGUACGACGUGGUGGUUUUACCCGGUGGACUCAAGGGGUCCGAAAGUCUGGCAGCCAGUGCAACAGUCGGAAAGCUGCUGAAAGAUCAGGAGAAAAGUGGACGUCUCAUUGCUGCAAUAUGCGCAGCUCCCAUCGCGCUCAAGAGCCACGGAGUUGGUUGCGGUAAGAAAGUUACUUCGCAUCCGAGCAAGAAGGAUGAAGUUUCUUCUGGCGACUACAAGUAUAGUGAAGACCGAGUGGUCGUGGAUGGGCAGCUGAUUACCAGUAGGGGACCUGGAACAGCAUUCGAAUUUGCUUUGGCCAUUGUGGAGAAGCUACAGAACAAGGAAGCUGCCAACAAGCUUGUACCUCCCAUGCUCCUCAAAGUCUAACAUUGAUGCCAAGUAUUGCCUGUAGUUCUCGUGUUGUUCCAAAUAAAGGACUAUGUUUGUUGCAUCC